GUCAUUAAUCUAAGCGGCAAUGCUGAAGAAGAAGACGAAUCAAUUGUUUCUGGCUAUAAUGAUGCGCUCACCAUUUACGGCGAAGGAGAGGUGUUGGGCAUAUUAGCGAGUCGCGAAGAUGACACACAUUACAUUUCUAAAAGAGACGCUAAAGAACGUGAAGAACGCACAGAAGAGGAACGCGGUGCAACGACAACUUCCCAAACACCAACCGCUGAGGAGGAAGACAAGACUUUCAUUUACGUAGCACUUGGCGACAAGGCGGUGCUUUAUGUAACUUCAGCUCCAGUAAUUAAUAUCACCGGCAGAUUAAACGACACCAAGCUAGUUUCGCAUAACAAAGAUGUCACUUUUGAUGAUCAAAAGGGUAAAGGUUAUGGACGUCUCAAUAUUAUAUUCUCGGUGGAGACACAGAAAUUAUUCUUGCGCUUCAAUUUCACAUUGAGUCGUGGCUAUUGGUACAUGAAGGCUGUUGAAGUGGAGUACAAUGAUUACAAAGCGGUGCUACCAGUUGUGGGUACAAUCUAUAGCAUUCCGUCGGCACCAUUAGGUUUUUCAUAUCGCUGCUCCUCGCGCAGCUUACAAUUUGGCAAUAACAGUGACAGUCUCGUCAUAAAUGACUUUCAGGUGCAACCCUGGUUGAAUGGUGUGCCACAUUUUGGCGAUGUUUACGAUUGUGUUGGCUUUACAACUGCUCCUAUUUGGGCUGGCAUUUUGGUAACACUAUUCUUGGUUGGCAUUUUGUCACUGGGUCUAAUUGCAUUGAUGGAUAUUAAAACACCAAAUCGAUUUGAGAGUUCACGCAGCAAGCAAUUAUCACUCUUUAUACAAGAGUAAAUAAAUAUUAUAGCUUUAAGUUUAAGUCCAUUCUACUGUGGCCACUUAAACGCUCGCUGUUUAUAGUUCGGCAUAUUAAGCAUAAUCAAAUGUGUAUGUAAUUUAGGUUGGAAAUGUUCAUACUAAUUACCUACGGCAUAGCAAAUCCUUUUGUGCUCCUAACAUUGGCCAUCGAAUUUUUCCUCAUACAUUUAUUAUUUAUUUUAAUUGUUAUGUAUGUUUACAUCUUACUAUUAUAUUAACCCUUAAAUGACUAUAGUGUUAUGGUGUUAUGAUGCUUAUUAGCCAACAAUAUCUGGUUAAGGUAUAUAUGAAUAUAAGUAGUUAUGUGAAUAUUCAAAAUAAAUACUCAUUAUUCAAAAGAAA